CGCCUCCGUUUUCCGAGCUUCACCAUGGCUGACGGCGAGGACGUUCACGGCUUGAAAGGCGUGCUGGUCAUGUUCCAGAGCUGUUUGGACAGCAAGGAGGAAAUCCUCAUGGACCCAUAUUUAGAGGGCUGGAAGGGACUGGUCAGGUUUCUAAACACAAUGGGGCCGAUCUUCUCCUUCAUUUCCAAAGAUGCGGUUGCCAAAAUCCAGAUCAUGGAGACCUUCCGCGGCAGCGAGCAGCAGGAGAAUUACAUCAGCCUCCAAGCCAUGGUGAACUAUGAACUGACCAAUGGGCUGGUUGACCUGAAGCAGCCUGGCACCUACCCCACCUCGGGCUGCCGAACUAUCCUUCGCCUCCACCGGGCCCUCCGCUGGCUGCACCUGUUUCUGGAGGGCCUGCGGACUAGCAGCCCGAGCUCCAAGACCUCGACACUGUGCACAGACUCCUACAACGCCUCCCUGGCCAACUACCACCCGUGGAUCAUCCGCAAGGCAGCCACCAUGGCCUUCUACGCCUUGCCCACCCGGGAUGCCUUCCUGGAAAACAUGAAGGUGGGCACCACAGAGGCGGCGAUAGAGAUGCUCGGCGAGGCUCUGCCCAGCAUAAGCAGGGUCUACGAUAUCACGGAAGACCUCUUCACUCAGCACAAGCUCCUCGACCUCCCCUAAGGGGACAGGGCCGUCCGAGGGCAACAGCUACUGCGCGGAUUGAUGCUCCUGCCGCAGAGGCCCGCUCAGAAAUAAUCUCCUGCUCUUGUCAAUCAGGCUUCCUCUUGGAAAGCUCUCAGGCCUUCAAGCCGUCCCUGCUUGGGUUUCUGGCCCUGAGAUAAAAAGCCUUUAUGCUGUUUCCCCAGUCAGAAAGCAAUUGCUGCUCUUCUGCCCUUUUUCCUUCUUCCAAAAGCUUUGAUCCAGAGAUGCAUCCAGUCCCUGAUCUCUCUCGCUCUCGCUGCCUCCCGCAGCAUUCUUCCAAUCCAAUUAACCUUGAAAAGGGUUUUAAUUGCUGGUGAAAAUAGGGCAGGGGAAUUUCUUCUGCUGUGAGGAAGACAUCUGAUCUGAACAGCUCCUCUUGCCUGGGUUUGGUUGAGCAUUCUGUCCACCCACCAACAAGCAUAUGGAGGUGGGGGGGAGCUUCCAGCCCAAGGAAUGCAGGCAGCUAAUUUCACUGGUCCUUUUGAUAAGGGUUUGAACACAGCCAAUGGUUAGGGAGCUGGGAAAACAUGGAUGCUUUUGAUCAAGAGACAUCUGUGAUCGCUUAGAGCAGGACUAGGCAAAAGGAGCCCUCCCAGGAGUUCCUGAGCCCUCUCUCUCGGCACCCCCCAUCUCACUGAGGCAAAGGAUGCUGGGAGUCAUAGUUCACCAUCUGGAAGCCUACUCCUGAAAGCAGUUUUAAGCGUAGACGUGUGCUUGAGAAAGAAACGCCCAACACAAUCUAACUGUUGAUCCUCUGCCAAAUUUACAAGAGGAGGAGGAGGUGUGUGAAACCCGCGUGAACAAUCUCUCUUAAGGCGGGAUGCUUAGCCAGCCUCUCCCUUCGGUUCAUGACGUAUUGACAAGGAUACAUUAGGUGGUUUCGAAAACAAUCCUGGUUAUUAUCCAUGUGCUGAUUACUUGACAGUUGCAUCAUCACCCAGCAACUGGAAAGCAUGCAAUCUUUGUAACCAGAAGAAAAAAAUUAGCAGCUAAGACAAUCCGUUGGUUACCACUGACGAAGCAAAUCGGGUAUUCCAGCUCUCCUUUUCAAAAUGCCCGUUCUUUCAUCAUCUUCUUUCCUGGUUACCUCCUAACGCUUCACGCAUUGCUGGCCCCUAACCUUUCUCCCUCCACACUCAAUCCAUCUGGGCAGCACACUUAAGCCUUUAAUCAGCCUUGGGCUGCACCUUCACGCUCCUACGCAAGGGCACUGGCCUGGCUUUGAAAGUGGCUUAAACCAAGCGAGAGAAUCCACGCCUCUAUGGCUUCACCGCUUCCCUUGACAACUGAAGUAUUGGGCAAGUUCUGUUCUGUACACCCAAAGCAUGCCCCUCAAGCAGUACGCUGCUAUGUCUAGAGACUAAAAGACAUACUUUCUGCGCUAUAGGCCAAAAAGAAGAAAAAACACGGAGCCACCAGUGACUUGAAGAUCUGAUUCCCUUAUAGAUCCAGUAACCAAUCUCCACCCUUAUUGGUAAUACAACUUUAUUGCAACUUUAGACAGCGAGGAGGCGGCGGGGGCAUAAACUGAGAAGCUACGUUUCUGCUUUUAAGGAAUCCUCACAUACCCCUUUUAAAGCAAGGGCAGGAUUUAAAACCAGUAUUCCUUCGUUUGUAGUGAGAAGCCACCGUGCCGCUUGCAGUUCUCAAGGCUCUGCCUCUUCCUUCGGUUGUAUGUGUGGCCACACCGGGACUGUGAUGUCUGCAUGUCCACUUAGAAUUUUAUCUCUGAAGCUUUUUAGCCCAAUCUUGAAAUAGGCAUCCCUUGUGCUUUAGCCCCACUGAAAUGAGAGGGCGUGAGCUUAGACUCACCCCAAACAAAUUAAGCUCCUUAGUUUCAGUGGACUCUGAGCAGUGGACUCUUUUCCCCCCGGAUUAUGGCCUGAAUCUCUGCCUGCAAUUUUUUUUUUUUUUCUUAAAGGGGAUUGGGGGGAGCCCUGCCUCUUUCACUCCAAGACUUAACAUUAAAAAGCACUGAAACCAGGCACAGAUUAAAUCUGCUGCUGUACCUCUGAAAUUAAGACAAUCCAGGAAUGUUUGUUUAUGUGUGUCUUUUCGAAGUGGGAUCUGUGUGUAUAUAUAUUUUUGUCACAGUGAUUUGGGAGGAUUCCAUGUUGUAUUUAUUUCUGGGCACCAACGUAUUUAAGGUAUAUUUUUGUAUUUUCUACCUCUUGUCUGUUUAAAUUAUAAGUGCUUUGUUUUGGGGUGCCCUAAGGAACUUGCACCUAAAGCCUGGAUGUACUCUGCAAUGACUCCUGUCCUUACCUCUUGCACUGCUCAGCCUGAAAUAAAUGUCUAUCCUGCAGCUUGAAGCCGACUGUUCUC